CCACAUAUUAAAUCAACCACGCCUGGCCUCGACUAGUCCGACGGCCAUAUUGAAUGUCUUCACAAAUCGCCUUACGGUGGAUCUCAAUUGCACGGUUUUCUCACUCAUGUCCGUUCUAACAGGCUUCACGAGCAAAUUGGAGGUGACAAGAGUACAUUAAAUAUAUUCGUUUAGUUUACAGCGUGGAUAACCUGAAAGCAUUGAAUACUCCGAAUUGUGUCGGUCUUUGAAGCUGUAGUCCUUCACCAGAGGUCCUGUGAAACAGGGAAGCUAUCCGUCCUGUGAGUUGUCUUCCCAGCUGCCGGGUGAAGGGAGGAGAGGAGACAAAUAUGCCGAAACCGAUUAAUGUACGGGUGACCACCAUGGAUGCAGAGCUGGAGUUUGCCAUCCAGCCCAACACCACUGGCAAACAGCUCUUUGACCAGGUGGUGAAGACGGUGGGGCUUCGAGAGGUCUGGUUCUUCGGACUGCAGUACGUGGACAGCAAGGGUUACAGCACGUGGCUGAAGCUUAAUAAAAAGGUGACAGCCCAGGAUGUAAAGAAGGAGAACCCUCUGCAGUUUAAGUUCCGAGCCAAGUUCUUCCCUGAGGACGUGUCUGAGGAGCUGAUCCAGGAGAUCACACAGAGACUCUUCUUCCUGCAGGUGAAGGAGGCCAUUUUGAACGAUGAGAACUACUGUCCCCCGGAGACUGCCGUGCUGCUGGCAUCCUACUCUGUCCAGGCCAAGUACGCCGACUACAACAAAGACAGCCACAAGCCUGGCUACCUCACCAACGACAGACUGCUGCCACAGAGAGUCCUGGAGCAGCACAAGCUCACCAAGGAGCAGUGGGAGGACCGGAUACAGACCUGGCAUGAGGAACACCGAGGCAUGCUCAGAGAGGACACAAUGAUGGAGUACCUGAAGAUAGCUCAGGACCUGGAGAUGUACGGAGUCAACUACUUUGAGAUCAAGAACAAGAAGGGGACAGAGCUGUGGCUGGGAGUGGACGCCCUGGGACUCAACAUCUACGAACACGAAGACAAACUGACACCAAAGAUUGGCUUCCCUUGGAGCGAGAUCCGAAACAUCUCCUUCAACGACAAGAAGUUUGUCAUCAAACCCAUCGACAAGAAAGCUCCAGACUUUGUGUUCUACGCGCCGCGGUUGCGGAUCAACAAGCGGAUCCUGGCUCUGUGUAUGGGGAACCACGAGCUGUACAUGAGGAGGAGGAAGCCUGACACCAUCGAGGUGCAGCAGAUGAAGGCCCAGGCCAGAGAGGAGAAACACCACAAACAGCAGGAGAGAGCCCAGCUGGAGAACGAGAAGAAGAAACGAGAGCACGCAGAGAAAGAGAAGGAGAGAAUAGAGCGAGAGAAGGACGAGCUAAUGAAGAGACUGAGGCUGAUCGAGGACCAGACGAUGAGGGCCCAGAAAGGACUGUUCUCAGCACCAGAGUUGGAGGAGCAGACACGCAGGGCCCUGGAGCUGGAGCAGGAGAGGAAGAGAGCCAGGGAGGAGGCGGAGAGGCUGGAGAGGGAGAGACAGGCAGCGGAGGAGGCCAAGGCGGAGCUGGCCAGGCAGGCCGCUGACCAGAUGAAGAACCAGGAACAACUGGCCGCUGAGCUGGGCGAGUUCACUGCCAAAAUAGCCCUGUUGGAGGAAGCCAAGAGAAAAAAGGAUGAGGAGGCCACUGAAUGGCAGCAGAAGGCCAUCUCAGCCCAGGACGACCUGGAGAAGACCAAGGAGGAGCUGAAGACGGUGAUGACGAUCUCGUCGACGCCAGCGGGCGGCUCCACUGAGAGCGAGCACGAGGAGCAGGACGAGAACCACGCAGAGGACGCCGCCGAGCUCUCCCUGGAGGGCGUGAGCGCCCUGGACCUGCGCAGCGAGGAGGAGCGCGUCACUGAGGCCCAGAAGAACGAGCGCCUCAAGAAACAGCUGCAGGUGUUGAGCUCGGAGCUGGCUGAAGCCAUAGACGAUACCAUGAAGACCCAGAAUGACAUGCUUCACGCGGAGAACGUGAAGGCCGGGAGAGACAAGUACAAGACCCUACGUCAGAUCCGCCUGGGCAACACCAAGCAGCGCAUCGACGAGUUUGAGUCCAUGUGAUCUGGUCUGGGGUCCCCCAUCUGUCCAUUGGCGACUCGCUUUUCGUCAGAACAACAGGAGCUGUCCCUCCUACACUCCCCCCUUUUCCCCGUACCCAUAACCGCAAAGGUUCCAGAGGGCACGGCCGCCACCGCCUCAAACUUUGCCAAAGCUCUGCCCGCAUUCUCCAUCAGGAAUCGCCCAAUCGGGCGCAAGCAACGCUUUGCACCGUUCUGAACAUGCUAUUCUCCUUAUAUUGCAAAGAAUACGUCUGUGCUUUGCUUUCAAAUAUCUAAUAUGGAGACACAACAAAAACCAAAAUGGGGAAGAUUGGAUUUUUAAGCGAACAAGGCCAUCGGGAGCUUUUUUUGUUGUUUUUGCCGGUAAGCUAGUAUGCAAUGCUUUAGUGUUACUGACUCUGUCUUCAGUUGAACGUAUUGAUGCUGUCUGGUACUUUCAAAACCGUUUUUGUUCUGAUCUAUGAUUCUGACACGUUUUAUUGAAGCCCUGUUUCUUAAGUUCUCUGUGCUCAUUGGUCCGAGGCUGGUAGAGAGGCUUGUGUUAGUUAUGGGAUCGAUCCAUUCAAAACAAAUGAGCCUCUGGGUAACAGGGUUGACGUGUUAUGCUCGACCCACUCCGUCUCCGACCACAAAAUGGCCAAAAACAGUAGAACCAGUUCUCCUGCUUUUACACUAUGAUUUGACUAUUAGAUGUUCAAUUGUUCUUUUGGAGAAAAAUAUAUUUAAAAAGGAAUAUUUUCAACAUAUUAAAGUGAGAGUUCAGUUGUUGUAACAGGGUUGACCUUUAAAAUGAGAGACCAGGUUUUUUUUUUUUUUUUUGUAACCUUAAAAUGAAUCACUAAUCACAUGAAAUAAAGUCUUCAGAAAUGUCUUUGUCAAAGCAACAAAAUAACUAUUGCUGAACAAUGAUGGUGAAAGCCUGGGGAAAUGUUGAUGUUAAGUGGGUUAAAGUUUCCCUGGAAGUCUGAGGCACGGAGAGGAAUUCUGAAUUUUGCCACUAAGUCUUUAUUCAUAUAAAGAAUCUGAUUUACUGAACUUACCAUGUGGUCUAUAUUAAAGGGCACUUCAUUGAAAAGAACAGGCUUUUACAUUUCUAUAUUGAUGCACCAUUUCGUCUUAAAAUAUCAAAGGGAUGCAAAAAGGAAGUCGCUUUGUGGAACGGCCCUACUAUCUAGACUGAGCAUCAGUGCAAAGCCACUACACCAGUCUUGAGGAGAGGUGCGAGUCUUGAUGAAUAUAGCGAGAUUUGAUUUGAUGCUCAAGGAUACAUAAUGUAGUAAAGCACAUUUGGUCGGAGAUAAACUGAUAGUAUGAUGAAGAUAAGCUAAUUGGUUAGGCGUGUGGGUAAGGAAGAGAGUGAAAGCUGUUAGUUUAGCUCCUGUGAGCUGACUCCUAGUGUUUCAUGUCCAGUCACCAUAGAUGUUUUUUACUGUCUACCAGCUCACAAAGGCCCAGGAAAGAUGGACAGAGAUGCUUAAGUGCCGUGAGAGUGCCAGUAUGUCUCUGUCUCUGCAUCGUAGUAACUUUUGAAGAGGUAUAUCAUGGUCUUUCUGGCUGGAGAGCACAUGAAAACGUCAGUCCUUGUCGGAGAAGAGAUCUCUACCUCAAUACUGUAACCACAGUGACUGACCCAAUCAAACACUCGGUCUCAAUCCCCUCCCACAGAUUCUGAGUUUUGACUGUGGCUUGGCUAGUUCAGACUAGGAGGCGUUGUUGCUUUAUUGGUUAACAUUUCAACCAAAAUAAGAAUGCUAUUUUUUAUGCCAGAUGUACUUUCAAGCAGUGACUCAUUCAAAUGUCACUAGUGGAGACAAUUGAUCAAAAAAUGUUUUACACGGUGGCCUCUUUGAUACAUCUACCUUUUGUUUUGUGUUACUUAAGUUUCUCUGAACUACACCUAAAUUAUCCAGAAGAUCAAAGGUCAAGCAAUCCAAGCCAAUCCAGCACCGAGGACGCGGAUGUGAGUUUGUAUUUUCUGUAGUGGACUGUUCUGAUACUGUGCAGUAGUGAGGUUGAGGACAUCAGUGACCCAGGCUGUGUAGACAUGUUGGUAGUGGAGCUGGUUUGACUGGUUAUUGUUAAGAGCUGUUUGGACUUGGGACCUGCAUCUGUCUGCUGACAGCCAACUGGGGCCAGAAUAGGACAGUCAUGUUUCUCCUCAGCUGCUGGACAGAUCUGCUCACUGUUCUCUCUGCCACAGCUGUCAACAGGAUGGAUGGAAACCCAAUGGCAGAGUGCCACCAAUUUAGGACUGUGAAGAGACAGACUGGUGCAGAGGUCAGAGGUGAAUGUGCCCCCCCUAUCUAUUCGCUGUCAUUAGAGGGACCCAACCUCUUGGGUCCACCCCCCUCGAUCUUAGAAUUCUGAAGAUUUAAAUGUUAUGUUCAGUGGGAAUGGAGAACAGGCCAAUUUACUUUUUUUCAGACCUUGAUCUUUUCUCACCCAACCUUUUUACUCGCUCCAACUCAAAUUAACUCGUUUUGUGGAUAAAUGUUACUGAUGCGUUUUGAAUGAACCUGAGUGUUCAGUUUUUAUUUGCAAUCAGAUGACGUGAUUAUUUGUUAUGCUACACUAGAUAGCUGGUUUAAGUUGAGAUCUUUUAAAGCCAGAGUUUUAAUAAAAUAAAGCACUUGUUUGGAUCCGGAGGACACUGAAGGGGCUUGACCCAAACCUGCCUUUUUAGUUAACCCAGUGAGUGUCCAAAUAUAGGGGUUGUAUUUGCCAUAGCAGGUGAAAAAAAAAACCUGUGCUUCCAACUGUUAUUUUUGUAAUGUGUUCCAAGAUCAAACUAUCUACCAGCAUGCAUCUGUAGCUCACUGGAGGUGAAAAGAGAACUACUCUACAUGCCACCAUCCCCCAUAUUGUUGAGUUGUGCUUUUCCCAUUGGCUGAGCCUGUUAGCCUGCUUGUUUGACCUCCAAUGAGAACCGUGUCAGUGAUGCCUCUUGGAAACAGCUGUCAUGUUUGCAGUUCAGUUUUUCCUUACAUUUAAAACUAGUGUUUCUGUAAGAUAGACACAGAUGGACCUCAGUCCAUUGGUUUCACAAUAAAAGUUACAAAUUA